AUGUCCUCUGAAAUCCUGGUUCAAUGUGGCUAUUCUCCAGAAUUAAUCAAUCUACUUGGGAACGUUUUCAUCUCAUUGUUGAUUCAAGCUAUUUGCUGUCCAGAUGGAGAACAUUGUUGCCCUCAUGGUUCAGUCUGCGAUAUGGUGCAUCACUCAUGUAAACCAACUAAGUCCAAUGAAAUCCCAGAGAUAAAAGAAUCUUCCCACACCUUACACCUUGUAUCAGCAUCAGCUCCUGCACGUAUCAACCCAAAUGUCAACCCAUCUAAAGCAGACUGGAGAAAAAAGAUUCAUAAACUGUCAGCCAAGUAUUUACUAGCUUAUUCUGGUGUCGUAUGUCCAGAUCCAUUAUAUGAAUGCCCAGCUGAUACAACUUGUUGUCCUAGUCCAGAUGAAACGUGGGCAUGUUGCCCUAUUCCUCAAGCUGUAUGUUGCAGUGAUGGAGAACACUGUUGUCCUGAAGGUUAUGUAUGUGAUUUAUCUGUUGGAGAGUGUAUAAAUCGUUCUAAAUCAUCAAAUGAAUUGAAAAAGUUUUUACCAAACAUUAAUUUAUCAUCAUUACCAACAAAAAUUGGUUAUAAUAAUCGUUGUCCUAACAGUGAUGUUUAUUGUGAAGAUAAUUCAACUUGUUGUGAACAUGAUAAGGAAUGGGGUUGUUGCUUGUUCUCAAAUGCAGUCUGUUGUUCCGAUGGUAUUCAUUGUUGUCCAGCAAAUACAAUUUGUGAUUUAAAAGCAGAAAUGUGUAUUGGUGAAUCCGGUGAUAUUCUCACUAAACUACAAUUGAAAUCUAAACCUAAAUUUAAUUCAUUCAAGUAUAAUUCACGUAUUAGUAUUUGCUCUGAUAUGAAGUCAGUUUGUAUUAAUGGUACAUGUUGUUCCAAUGUAAAUGAUCAAUUAUCAACACUUUGUUGUCCUUAUGAAAAUGCCGUUUGUUGCAACGAUGGUGAACAUUGUUGCCCAAAGGGUACAACAUGCGAUAUGGUCAAUGGUGGUUGUAUUAUUUCACAAGAAGAUUUAUCAAAAUCUAAUUCUGUUCCAUUGCUUACCAAGAUCUCAGCAUUACAUGUUACUUCCAAAAAUAACACACAGUCUACUGUUUUCACACAAGUUUGUCCUGGUGGUAAAGCGAAAUGUCCAGAUAGUGCAACAUGUUGUAAAUUAUCUAGUGGGGAAUAUGCAUGUUGUCCAAUUCCAAAUGCUAUUUGUUGUACAGAUGAUAUUCAUUGCUGUCCAUCAGGAACUUCAUGUGACUACAAAACUCUAUCCCCAACAGCUAAUGAAUUAUUACGUAAUCCUGGAUUGUUGUUUACUGGAGUACGUGAUCAUGUUUGCCCUGGUCAUCAAUCUACAUGUGCUGAUGAUCAAACUUGUUGUCCAUUGCCUGAUAAAUCAUUCGGUUGUUGUCCACUGAAAAAUGGUGUUUGUUGUGGUGAUCAUCUUCACUGUUGUCCAGCUGGUUCAAUAUGUGAUUUGGAUACAAAACAGUGCAUUUUACAAAUUGAAUACAAUCAAUCUACCACAAAAAUAGUUUAUGAUGGGUUUACUAUGCACAAAGCUAAUCAAAAGUUAUCAGAUAGUUUAUAUUCACAACCAGUAAAAUCUAUUAGUACAAUUGAUACUUAUGUACAAGCAAAAUGGUGUGGAGCAUGUGGUGACACUUGGGCUUGUUGUCCAGAUAUUACUUUUACUUCAUGGUCAUGUUGUCCUUAUGUGGGCGGAGAAUGUUGUAUUGGACAAAAUACUUGUUGUCCUCCUGGAUCACGUUGUUUAAAUAAUGGGAAAUGUGAAAAGAUCCAAAAGAAUAUCUUCAAAUCAUCAACAUCUACUUUAAUACCAUCUAUUUCAAUGAAUAACAAUGUACAAAGACCACAUUUCAUUAAACAAAAUAAUGAAAAAGAAAACUUCCAGAUAGAAAUGUCCAACAGUGCUAAACCUGCUCAAAGGAAUAUCCUUCUUCUUGUUCGUCAUUAUCGACGUCUUAAACGACAAUUGCAUACAAUUUGUCCUGAUUCAUUACACUAUUGUGGUAAAUCUGAACAAUGUUGUCUUUCUAAUAAAUUUGGUUAUACUUGCACACCGAAUGAGUCCAUAUGUUGUGAAUCUAGUAUGAAUACUUAUUGUCCAAUAUCCAAGGAUUGUUCUCUAGAUGGGAAAUUCUGUGUUGAUAAGUAUUAG